AGACUGUGCUCUUCCACGCGCCGAAAGUAGGUUAGACUACAGAGAAGCACAGACGCAGAGAGAGGGAAAGAGAAGAGGGCAUCAUUUUAUUGCAUAGCUGACAGUGCGCGCAUUUACGCAGGAAAAAAAGCAUAUGAUGGAGCGGAAUUUACUCUGAACAACCGGAUGAGAAGAGCGAGUAGGCUGUGCAAUAAUUUACGAGUUUUAGUAGUUAUUUUCUUACAAUAGCUCUGUUUUGGAGUUUUCAAAAAUUUACCUGAGUUUAACUUUCGGCGCAGUUCAGAUGUACUGGAGUUAUAUUAUCGUUCGCAGAUAAUAUAGCAUCAAAAUGAGAGCACAAAUCGAAGUAAUCCCAUGCAAGAUUUGCGGGGACAAGUCAUCGGGCAUCCACUAUGGGGUGAUCACUUGUGAAGGCUGCAAGAAAAAGAACAUCAUACAGCUUUGUAACAACAUGAGGGGCUUCUUCCGCCGAAGUCAGCAGAACAAUGCGAUAUACUCCUGCUCCAGGCAGAGGAACUGCCUUAUUGACCGAACCAAUCGCAACCGCUGCCAGCACUGCCGCCUGCAGAAGUGUCUGGCACUGGGCAUGAGCCGUGAUGCGGUGAAGUUUGGACGCAUGUCAAAAAAGCAGCGUGACAGCCUCUAUGCCGAGGUUCAGAAGCACCAGCAGUCUCAGGAGCGGGCAGGGGGUUUAGGCAAUGGUGUACCCGGCCAUGCUGGUGACGAGGUGGGGGAGAACGGCAGCAGCCACAGCCGGGCCUACAGCCGGGGCUCCAGCACCACACUAAGUGACCUGGAUGACAUAACCACGCUGCCAGACGGUCUCUUCUUUGAUCUGCCGCUCACACCAGAGGAAGCUGCUGACUACUGCAGCCUAGAGCUGCUGGGAGGAAGUGGUGGGAGCAGUUCGUCCUCCCAGAGUUCUCCUGAGCCGAACAGACAGGAGUUUAGUGACACGACACACAUCAAACACGAGUACCAGACCCUGCAUGAGAUGGGACUUUACACUCGCUUAUUACUUAACCCACCUGAAGGCUGUUCCUUGAUGGAAAUCGAACGGAUUACACAGAAUGUGGUAAAAUCCCACAUCGAGACAAGUCAGUACAGCACAGAAGAACUGAAAAGAUUUGCUUGGAUGCUCUACACACCUGAGGAGAUACGUGUCUACCAAAACAAGUCCACAGAGAUGAUGUGGCAGCAGUGUGCAGUGUACAUCACGAACGCCAUCCAGUAUGUGGUGGAGUUUGCCAAGCGCAUCUCUGGAUUCCUGGAUUUGUGUCAAAAUGACCAGAUUAUCCUUCUCAAAGCAGGCUGCCUGGACGUGCUGUUGAUCCGAAUGUGUCGGGCCUACAACCCCAUCAACAACACACUGUUGUUCGAUGGAAAGUUCGCAAGCCCGCAACUCUUUAAAGCUCUCGGUUGUGAUGAUCUGGUGGGUGCGGUGUUUGAGAUGGCUAAAACCCUGAGUCGGCUACAGCUGUCUGAAGAGGAGAUGGCUCUGUUUACCGCCACUGUGCUUCUGUCUCCAGACCGACCUUGGUUGACAGAUGCUCAGAAGGUGCAGAAACUUCAGGAGAAGGUCUAUGUUGCGUUGCAACACUGUCUUCAUAAAAGCGGUGCCCCUGAGGAGAAACUGGCAAAGAUGGUGUCCAAGUUACCCAUGAUGAAGUCAAUUUACAACCUCCAUAUUGAUAAGCUGGAGUUUUUCCGUCUGCUUCACCCAGAAACGGCCUACAACUUCCCUGCUCUCUACAGAGAGGUUUUCUGCAGCGAGAUCUCCUUCCCAGACUCCACUGAAGGCUAACAUUCAUUGAAGUGUCAUAUUGGCUCUGAUGAGAGACAGAGAGAGGAAGAGACAGUUAAAGAAAGACAGGGAAUGGAAAUAGGAGGAGGUAGAUGGAUAUGUGUUUGAGAAAAACCAGCAACACACUGACAAUCUUGCACGUUACACUUUAGGACUCCAUCUAUAACCUCCCUCCUGAUGGAGUGAUUCACUCUAUUUGAACAGGACCCACAUUUCUUAUAAGAUGCUGUUAAAUAUCAGCAGUCAUUUAAGGUGCUGGUUACUAUUACUCAUGCUACCUACAUAUAGUGACUCGAACAGAGUAAAUUAUGUAUAUUUAAUUAAAAAGAGUACUCGAAGUGCUUGAAAAGUGGAUACUUCCCAUUUUCAGAGUACACUUAGGAAGAGAACUAUGAAUGUAACCCAACUGACAUGCGGCAAAGCCUCAGGAUUAAGACAGAAUGUAUUAUGUAUUCCUACCCCAUAUGUAAAACAAGUUUUUAAGGCUUGGUUUCUGUAGACUAACAGUUUUGAAUCCAUGCGAAACUGUUUAAAGGGACCAUGCAUGCACACCUGAGGUUGUAAACGCCACAUUCACUUUAACAGACUCAACACUAACGCACAGCACACUGCACAGGCCACACGUGCACAUGGUAUGUUGUCAUUUGAGCUCUUUAUUUUUGCUUAUAAAUUUAAAAGAUGCAACUAAACUAAUGAAAACCUCAUCCUUAUUACCCUUUCCCAUGCAAAUGCCACUUGGAUAAAGAUAUUAGAUGAUAUUUUUAUAUCCUCAUUUGAUCGGAAACCACAUGUAUGUAGAACGAUAGAUGUAUUUGAGAAUAUAUUUAUAAACAGAGCCUGUAGAUAGCAUAUGUAGGCAGAGAUAAAAAGUUGCACCUUAGAGUGAAUGUUCUCAAGCCCUUUCAAAGACUUCCCAACCAUAGAAGUUGAAUUCUGGGCUGGAGUUGGAAUUGGCAUGACAUGCAGAUUUUGAAAGCUUUAGAUUUAGAUGCAGGUGGACAGCACUUAAAUAUUCCAAAAAAAAAGGACUUUGCAAGAGCAGGUCUUUGCUGUCGCCCCACAUUAGAUGGCGAAAAGACAAUGCCACUAUGAGACUUUCUGAAGCGCAGCAAACCACUCAAACAGCUGCUGGGAGCAAGGCCUCAGGAGAACGCAAAGAACACGGAAGGAACCUUAUAUUUUUAGAGACAACGGACAACCUGAGCUCACCAUCAGUCAUGAGGACACCACAGAAAUGUUGUAACUUGGACUAUUCAGUUUCUACAGCUGUGAGGAUAAGUGGAUUCACAGGCCAUACUUCAUGCUUUGCAUUGUGUCCGAUGUGGGGAUCAGUGUUGUGUUGCUGUGUGAUUAUUUUUUCCCCCUAUCAUCCAUUUACCCUUUGUGUUCACUUAUAGCACAACUAUUGGUUGACAGAACCAUCAGCUACCCCCCUGAGUUGGGGAAUACUGGUUAGUUUAUGUUCCAAAACUUUGCGGUUCAAACCAAAGGAGAAAGAUCUACUAUCUGUCCGCGGUGUGAAAGCAGCCUCCGUUCUUCUAAGGAUUG